AUGAGUCAACUCACACUCCUGUUGUGUGUGGUAAUAACCCUUUACGUGUUCUUGGGAUGGUGUCAUGGAGGAAUUACAAAUAUUAACUGCUCUGGUAACAUGUGGGUGGAGCCUGGUGACAUUUUUCAGAUGGGUAUGAAUGUUUCUAUAUAUUGUCAAGAAGCCCUGAAGAACUGCCGACCAAGGAGGCUUCACUUUUAUAAAAAUGGCCUCAAAGAAAGAUUUCAUAUUACAAGGAUUAAUAGAACAACUGCCCGACUUUGGUAUAAAGGCUUUUCAGAACCUCGUGCCUCUAUGUAUUGCACUGCUGAAUGUCCUGGGCAUUUUCAAGAGACGCUCAUUUGUGGAAAAGACAUUUCCUCUGGAUAUCCACCGGAUGCGCCCAGCAAGGUGACAUGUGUCACUUACAAAUACUCGAGCAACAUGACUUGUGCCUGGGACACUGGGAAGCCCACCUACAUAGAUACCAAGUAUGUGGUGCACGUGAAGAGUUUAGAGACAGGGGAAGAGCAACAAUAUCUUGCCUCGAGCUAUGUCAACAUCUCCACUGACUCACUGCAAGGUGGCAAGAAGUACUUGGUAUGGGUCCAAGCUGUCAAUGCCCUAGGCAUGAAGGACUCCCAACAACUACAAGUCCACCUGGAUGAUAUAGUGAUACCUUCUGCAUCCAUCAUCUCCAGGGCUGAGACUGUAAAUGCUACUGUGCCCACGACCAUAAUUUCCUGGAAUAGCAACUCCAUGAUUGGGAAAGCAUUCUGUGAAAUGCGAUACAAAACAACAACAAACCACACAUGGAUGGUUAAAGAAUUCGACACCAACUUCACAUCUGUGCAGCAGUCAGAAUUCUACCUGGAGCCAAACAGCAGAUAUGUAUUUCAAGUGAGAUGUCAAGGAGUGGGUAAAAGAAUCUGGCAGCCUUGGAGCUCACCCUUUGUCCACCAAACUCCCCAGACAGUUUCCCAGGUCACAUCAAAAUCAUCCCAUGAACCUCAGAAGACUGAGAUGCUCACUGAUACAAUCUUCAAAGGACAUCUUAUUUCUGAUAAUAGUCAAGACAUUGGACUUUUGUCGGGAAUGGUCUUCUUGGUCAUCAUGUUGCUGUUUUUUUCUCUCAUUGGGAUAUUUAACAGAUCACUUCGAAUAGGAAUUAAAAGAAAAGUCUUACUGAUGAUUCCUAAGUGGCUUUAUGAAGAUAUUCCUAAUGUGGAAAAUAGUAAUGUUGCAAAACUAUUACAGGAAAAAAGCAUGUUUGAGAACAAUAAUGCCAGUGAGCAGGCCCUGUAUGUGGAUCCUGUGCUUGCAGAGAUAAGUGAAAUCUCUCUGCUGGAACACAAGCCCACAGAUUACAAAGAAGAAAGGCUCGCAGGACUCCUGGAGACAAGAGACUGUCCACACACAACGUCAUCUACUGGUUCUUCUGUUGUGUACAUUCCUGAUCUCAACACUGGAUACAAACCCCAGAUUUCGAACGUCCCCCCUGGAGGAAACCACUUCAUUAACGGAGAUAAGAGAGGCUCUGCAACCCUCGAGGCCACAGGUGACCACUCUGCCAGACUGAAAGCAUACCCCAGCUUCGCAUUUUCUGCCUCAAAUAUGACUUUACUAAGCAAAACACUAACUUUUGAUGAAUUGAAUCUAGUUUUAAAUCAAGAUGAACUCAAUCUUCUUGACAUACAAAACUCAAGACAGGAGGAAACCAGUAUGAUUUUGGGGAGCGACUCACCCAGUGAGACUGUCCCAGAGCAGACCCUGCUGUCUGAUGAAUUUGUCUCCUGUUUGGCAGUCGGGAGUGCGGACUUGCCAUGUAUUAAUUCUUACUUUCCACAGAACGUUUUGAAAAGCCACUUCAGUGGGAUUUCACUAUUGCAAAAGUAA